ACGCGUGGAGCGAUGCUUCUUCAACCGACCCCCGUUGCCAGAGACGAGCGGCUUCUUGAUCAGGCUUUAUCCGGGAAAUGCACCUCUUAAUCUUUCCCCUUGGCCAGCCAACAUCGGGCUUCAAUGGCGGAGGCUGUCAUGGCCCGCUACGACCCGGUGGUCUCUUCUCGCUCCGUUUGCGUCUAUACGAGCUGCUAUUGUGAAGAAAAUAUCUGGAAACUUUGUGAACAUAUCCGAAGCAAGAAUCAAUACCCUUUAGAAGAAUUUUAUGCUGUUUUCAUUUCCAAUGACAGAAGGAUGGUGCCACUUUGGAAGCAGCAGGCAGGACGUGAGGAUCAGCCUGUGAUCUGGGAUUACCAUGUUAUUUUGUUACAUGUGUCGAAGGGAGACCAGAACUAUAUCUAUGAUCUUGAUACUGUCCUACCUUUUCCAUGCCCCUUUGGCACUUACAUUGAAGAGGCUUUCAAAUCGGACAGCAUUAUUGACGCUGAAUUUCGAAGGAAAGUCAGAUUGGUUCGAGCUGAUACGUAUCUGAAGAAUUUUGCUUCUGACCGAUCGCACAUGAAAGAUGCCAGCGGGAACUGGCGGAAAUCUCCUCCCCUGUAUCCAUGUAUUGAAACUGCAGAUUACAAGAUGAAUCUGGAUGACUUUAUUAGUAUGAAUCCAAAGGCAGGCUGGGGUUCUGUGCUGAAACUCCCUGAUUUUGUGCAAAAAUUUGGCAGUCAGACCUAUGAAGAAGAAUAAUGAAGAGUCAAAUCUAAAAGAGUUUCCAACCAGCAUUAAGACUCCUGUCUUUAAUCAAAACUGUCAAUGUUAUCAUCUCGGCAAAUUCCAUCAUCUUCGCCAUCCAUUCUUCAUUAUGGGUAUUGUCAAAUCUUUUUGCACUAUUACGCAUAUAAAAGUUUUACUGCUGUUGUCAUACAGUUAAAAAAAAAGUUCCCAGAGUUUAUUUUCCAUUUUUUUUCACAAUCAGUCUCAAACAUUUCUAGUUUCAGUUGCAUAUCAAUCUUUAAUAUCUUCUGGAUUAAGGAUUUGAAACCAAAAAAUAGCUUUUUCGAAUGUUCACCAAGCAUGAUUAAAAACGUUUCCAGUUAUGAAUUUUUGAUGUUAAGAGAUCCUGGAAACAGGAGAGUUGGGACUAACAGUGGCCUAUCACUAGAUGUCAGUCUUUACUUCUAGUCUCUCAGUAAAACAAAGCAGUAGGAAAAUGUUUGUUUCUUAGGUAUCUUUUUUCUCCUCAAGUGGGUAGUUUAAUAAGAGCCAUAAUGAUCAACAAACCUCCUUCAGAGGUCUUAGUGACUUCUUUAGGUAUUAGGCACCAUCAUACGAUGUUACACAGGGCGUCGCCACAAAAACCAACAUGGCUGGCUUAUCAUAAGUCUUCAACAAUUCCCCGUCCCAACAAGAACUCAUGAUAUUGUGAGGUUCUUGCCUGAUUCAAGUGAGAACUUAGGCAUAAAUCAUUUGCAUCUCAUCAGAUAUGGGGGCGUAGAUACCAUUGCCAGCCACUUUGACUCUCUAUGUCCUGGUGAACAUCAUUUUAAUUGGCUGUUGGCUUAGAGCAGGGGCGUCAAACUCGAUUUCAUUGAGGGCCGCAUCAGGGUUGUGUUUGAUCUUGGGUGGGGGAGGGACAGGGGCGGACGUGGCCAGCUCAACCUCGUGUCAGGGUGGUGGCCUGAGCGCUCUGCCAGCAAAAACCUGCUCCUGACCUCUGUUUUUGGCUAUGACAGCUUCCUGCAACCCUCUGCCAGCAGCCCUCCUGAGCUCCGUUUGCACUGGCAAAGCCGGUCCUUGGCUGUUUUCAGGGUGGCCCCUUGGACCAGAUCUAAGCACAAUGUGAGCCAGAUCUGGGCCCCAGGCCUUGAGUUUGACACCCUUGGCUUAGAGUUUGGGUGGAUCCCUCUGGUUGGCAUGAGCUAAUGGGAGUGUCAGGCCUGAAGUUAUAUCCCUUUUAGGAUCUUUGGCCUGCCACACUCUCUCUUAUUUCAUUAUGCUGU